UACUUCCGGGUUAUACGUGCUUGAGUUCCCCGCCUUUUGAGUACAGAAGCAGUAUUGUGAAGACGUCGAGUUCACAAUAAUAUCACUGACGUCGUUUAGUUUCAGUCCGUAUAUCCAGUUUCUCUGAGGCUUUUCCUGAACAUGGAGUUACCUUUUCACUAUUGAGGCCGUUUUAACCAACAAUUAGUCGGUCAUGUUGCUGCCGUCCGACGUCGCUCGGCUUGUUUUGGGGUACCUCCAAGAGGAGGGAUUGCCAGCUACAAGCCAAGCUUUCAUUCAUGAGAGCCCCAACCUGAAAGAGUAUGCCGAGCACACUACAGGAGAUGGGACUAUUCCUGCUUGCGUUUUUUCUAUCUUUGGGAAGGGCCUGACAACCAUUUUAAACGAGUAUGUAGCUGCUAAAACAAAGGAGUCCUGUCAUGAGGUUCCUGUCGUGAUGACUUCAUUGUGGAAAAAGUUGGAUUUUACACUCAACCAAAUUAAGUCAAUGCAGAAUUCACCUGCCGUAUCAGCAUGUCAAAGAACACGUUCACGUAUUGGAUUGGCAAACUUGGCUAGACAGCGGGUCCUCACCGUGGCUUCUGCUGGUGGUGUUGUCUGCUCAUCAGUUUCUGAGACAAGCUCCAUCAUCAGCCCUGCGCACACCUCUCACAGCAUGCUGGGCCACUCCACCCCAGUGUGCUACAGUGGUCCCAACACCAGACCAGCUUCUGGAAGUGGCACAAACCAGCAUAUUAAUGACAGCAGCAGAUUAAUGAAUACGCCCAGGGAUUCACCUGUGCAGAUCAUUGUUUCAGAGCAUCGGCUAAAUCCAGGCCCGCUGUCUCCUGGUCGAAGGAAAUGGGACACGCCCAGAAAGAGAAGUGGUGCUCUGAGUGGCUCCAGCGUCCCGGGCAGGUCUGCCACGACUGCUAACAGCAUCAGUGCAGAACCCCAGCCUGAAGAAGUUGUCGAUGAAAACUUCCCUCAACUCGUGAUACAAAAUGCACGUGACAAGAUCCUGGGUGACAGAUCAUUACAAGAGAAGCUUGCUGAAAACAUCAACAAAAUCCUUGCGAAUGAGCCGGCACCCCAAACAUCAAAGAGUACUUCAAGUACAGUGGAGACAGACCAGUCUAUAGAUGAAAUCCUAGGAUUACAGGGGGAAAUUCAUAUGAGUGAUGACGCCAUCCAUGACAUUUUGGAGCAAACUGAGUCUGACCCGGCUUUUCAAGCUCUCUUUGACCUCUUUGACUGCAACAAAACUAGAUUCACAGAUGGAGAAGCAGGAGAUGUCGAUACGAGCACUAGUCCAGAAGAGACCGACAGUGCUGGGCCUUCAUCUACAGUCAGACCCCUUCACAAUGUUGAUACAGAUGCCACACGCAGUGAUUCAGCUGCUUCAGAUACAACACCAAUGACAGUGAAGAUGAAAGCUGGGCAAGAGCGAAAGACAAGGAAGCCCACUGCUAUAACGCUGCUAAAGAAAACAGUUCUUGGACCCAGUGGCAGACCCUCCAGGAUUGAAAACAGUUCAGCCAGACUGAUAGUGAGUCAAGGGGAUCCCCGAGGUGUCUCAUCUGCUCCAGCAAACUCAAACAGAAAAGAAAAAGAUCCACUUUUCACUAACAGUGUUAACGAAACACCAAUGGAUAUUGAUGAACCACUGAAUACACCUCCUCCUCCUCCUCUGGACAGUUUGUCCACUCAGGAGCCCCCCACAAAGGACACUACUUCGAUUGCAGACGUCUUCGGUGAAUCAUCCACAGAUCCCUCGCCAAUAGAUUCUGGUGCUUUUCCUGCUCCUGAGGAGACAUCAGCCUCAAAUGUGGACAACCAAAAGGAACCUAUACAAUCACAAGAGUCUAAAGAUCAACCUGCUACAGCUACCGCUUUAUCUUUGUCUCCCGUACAAGUUCAGCUGAACGAAAGUCUAGUGCCAACCGCUGAGCUACCUAGGACAAGCGAUGGAGGAGACACUCUACCAGUUUCUACUUUCUCGGUAGCAUCUGAAUCUGUCUCAGAAACAUCAUCUUCUACGGAUACUACAGUUCCAGCUGUCUCACCCUUGUCAGCAUCUACUGCAACACCUGCCACACCCACAUCUGCUUCUACCUCUGCAACUCCAACAGCUGCACAUGCCUCAUUCACAGCUGUCUUACCCGCAUCCUCGUCCUCUUUAUGUGCCCCUGUUUCUUCUCCUCCCGUAGCUUCAGUUGCAGCAACAAGUGAUCUGUUAACCACAAGCAAGGCUGCAACAGACCCCAGUAAUGUACUGUCUUUGAAGAUAAUCAUAAGUGAUAACCAGGAUGAAGGUUCUUCCAGUGACACAGUCUUGAACCAGGCAGUUUCUAGCAUUUCUGGGGACAAGAUUCCUACCAUCUACCUUUCCUCUCCAGCCAAGUCAGUGGGAUGCCCAGAAACUCCAAAGGCCAACAUGGAUGAGGUGGCGCAGGCAGUUAGUGGCUUACAAAGAUCUGAGGCAUUUGCUAGUCCUCUCGGCAGCAAGGCCGGAGCAGUAAAUGCAUCCCCAUUAACUGGGACAUCACAGACUCAGCAAAGUUAUAUAAUUCAACUACCACUGGAUGCCACUAAUGCUGCCCUCCAAGGAACCAGCUAUUUCUUUGUAACAGAACCCCCAACUACCGAUGCUGAAGGCAGACAGGUGCUACUGCCUGCUGGUGUCUCAAAGGGACAGCCUUUGCCCACAGAUCAGUAUGCAGUGACAACACCAACUUGCUCUCCAAGUUUCUCCACUGGGUCAACACUCAUCUUGCCAUCACCUGUUAAGCCCACGAUGCUUCCUGUUUCUGUUGUGGGACCGAAUACUCUGGGGAAGGUGCACAUGGUGUCCAAUCAGCUUGUUGCCAUACCAAAUCCUGUAUCAGUAGAGCAGACAGAAACUGUCCCGUCCAAAACUCCCACACUUGUGAGCAAACAGUUUCCAGCUGCUGGCACUGAGACAAAUCUGGGCAGUAAGGUGGUUCAACUUAUGUCUGCUGACAACACAGGCCAGCAGGAUGCAGCAAAAGGUGCCGGUCACAGGAGAAUUUUGUGUUUUGAUGCUUCUGCAGAAGUUCAGCCACAAACUGCUAAAACAACUAAAACCUGCGCAGCCAUGACUCCAAGUACAUCAACAUCUGUCCAGCCAACUGAGAAAACUAAUACAGAGACGGUCGUUCGAACAAGACCUACUAUCCUGGGUGGCAACAAACCCAAGAGAAGGAUAGAAACUGUCAGAUGUUUAGCAGGUCCACAGGCUGGCUUAGUGAAAGAGCCCUUUUCUUUACAACAGCACCAAAAAGACCUUGUUAAAAAGAACUCUCGUAAACAGGAUCAUAACGUCCACAAGCAAGAUUCUCAAAGUGCCAGUACCAGCAUUGCUGAUGCUUCAAAGGCUGAGGCUGGAAAAAAGUCAGAAUCAGAAAAAAGAUCAAAAUCUGUUGAGAGGAAACAUGGUUAUGAUGCAUGUAAUGAUGACGUAAAAGCUAAGGAUUCUCAUAACUCCAGGUCAGUGUCUGAUUCUGCACUGAAAUCAGGAAGUAGGAAGGAAAAAGAGGAAAGCAGCAGGAAAGAAUCUGCAGAAAAAGCGCCUUUGAAAUCACGUGAGGGACGUGCAGAGAAGAAGACCCCCUCUCAGGAGAUGCCAAAUGUCACAGCUAACAAGGAGAAUGAAAUGAAGGGUAGCAUGCAAGAGCAACAGCAAUCAGCACCUUCAUCCUCAGCAUCAAGAGACUUGAGCCCUCCAGGUAUCGCUCAGCCGACAACUCAGAGUCAGUACAAAGCUACAAAAACCAGUUCUCUGGCUAAACAGGCAGCUGAGAUGCUUCAUGACAUUCAAGGGCUCAGCUCUCCGUCAACUCCAGUCAAAGGGCUUGGAGCGGGCAGUUCAGACCUUCCUGGGACUGGCAGUAAGCAGGAAGCGCCUUCUGAUUGUCCCAGGACUCCUUCUCAACAAAAGGGAAAGGGUAAAGAUGGAGAAGGCACUCCCAAGCAUCUAAUGCCUCCCAACACCCCGGAUGUACCUAGCUGCAGCCCUGCUAGUGAAGCCGGCAGUGAAAACAGCAUUAACAUGGCUGCUCACACACUCAUGAUUCUUUCACGUGCUGCUAUCGCCAGGACAGGCAGUCCACUGAAGGACAGUUUGCGUCAGGAGGGAGUAGGAGAAAAGUCGCCUACCAGCUCGAAGAACUCUAAGAAACGCAAACAGCCUAUUUCGACAUCCAGCCCCCCUCCAAAGAAAGAGUCAAAACAAUCUCCCAGCAAAAAGAAAGACUGGGAACGGAAGAAAAUUAUAGAUUAUUUCCCCCAAGACUUGGAUGUGGAUAAGUUCCUGUCUUCACUUCACUAUGAUGAAUGAAACUGGACACACCAACAGGAAAGGACUGCCAUCACUUACUUGGGUUACUAUCCAGAAAUAGAAUGAGCCAUCUGCUAACACAGUAUCUAUGGUUCCUAUUAAUAUUUUUACCCGAGACAUUAAAGUUGAAAUGUAUUUUUCAGCUAUGUGGGAAUUUGGCAUUUCUUUCCCCCCAGCGUAGGUGAUCUGGAACAUAAUCCUGUUGCAGCAGUAGCAAAGCAACCAGUGCACUUUCCAUUUGUUUUAGUCUUUGUACUCAGUAAUGAAGAGGACAUUCAUUUACAUUCUGACUAACAGUGUUUGAACAGUUUUAAUUUUGGGCACUUUGACAGAGUGGGUGCAUGUCGUUAAUGGUCAACUCAAAGAAUUGCCUUGGUCAAUAUUUGACUUCUUUGAUAAAUACCGACCUAUUGUCCGCUGACAGAUAGGUCGGUAUCUAAAAGUACACUUUGGAAUAUGUUUCAAUCGUACAUUUAAAAACACUGAAGUAUAGUGCUUGUUUUUGAAUUGAGAAGAGAUUGUUAUUUGAGAAAUAAAAAAGGAAUAUGUGUGUGUGUAUAUAUAUAUAUAUAUAUAUAUAUAUUUUGGUAACACAUAUGCAUGUAUAGGUCCUCCUUUUUUGGCAAAAUCAGAUGCAUUGUAGAAGCUGUUC